UGAGACUCCAAUAAUCAAGCUUCCUUGGCCACCGAGUAUUACUGCUUCGGAUUUUUUGAGCAGGCGAAAACCCUCUCAGAGCUUAAGAAGUCCCAAUGCAUUUCUCGUCUACCGUAAAGCAUUCCUGGACCAACUUUCUCGUUCUAAUCAUAACCUCAAGAUGACCGACGUAUCAAAGUUAGUUAGCAUCUAUUGGAAAAAAGAGUCGAAGUGUGUCAAAGAUGCUUACAAGGAGAUUGCGCAAGAGGUGGAGAAAGAGUUGAUUGAAAAUCGUAAAAAGGAUUUAUCGACAAUUCGUGUAGUGUGGAAAAAUUCAAAAUUAUCUUCACGAAAACGCAAACAAAAUAUUAAAUGUUCUAGCAAUAAUCCCCUUGGAAUCACUAUUGACGGUGAUCAUAUUUCAUCCAUCAAAAAUUCUUCUAUUCUGAACCCACGUGAUGAUAUUGGACAAUAUGAGUUUGUUUCUGUCUGUCCGGGAUUAAUUCACUCCUCCCCUUCGGAGGAAACAAGCGAUUGGAAUUCUCUAGAGUCUGAGAACAAAGAUAGUUCAACUGAAACGACCCCUGUCAUAGGAACGUCAAACGAAAUUUUUCUAUAUGACUCGGACACUAAUAAUUUCAUGCCUGACGAGCGGUAUAUCAAUUGCGUACCUUAUUCGCCGAUCGAUUUUGCCAACAAUUCGAAUAUUCCUGAAAAUCAUUACCCUGAACAUUUCUUCCAACAUGACUUUAACCAACUUCACUUUCGAGAUUAUUUUCAACCAACCGACAUAAAUGAAGAUUGCGGCCGAAUAGACUUCUACUUGCAAAGCUUCUUUGAAUGA